UAGAUCUCAGUAUAUCGUGGCAAUAAUAAGUUUUUGAAAUAAAUUAUUAUAGACAAAAUUUAUUAAAUUAUUGCGUUUUAUUUUGAAGUAUUAAUAUAUUUGAAAGAAAUUAGUUGUAAUUUGUCUUUAAAUAAUUGUAUAUUUAUAUUAAUGAUAUUUUAUCAAAAUUGUAAUUGCGUUUGGAGUAAGCCAUUUUAGUACAUGAAUGUAUGGAAAUAGUUAUUACAAUAGUUGUCAUGGUUACACAUACACUACAUGGCUACUAAAUAUUUAGUUCACCAGUUCAUUUUUGUCCGUCAUACAGACAACAAGUUAAAAAAAUUUCUAUCAAAAUUAUUUACAGUUGUAUUAUUAUUUAUUAUUUUAGUUGGUAUAAUAUGAUGACUAAUAGAGGUCAAAUUUUGCAUCGCACGAAAAUACAAACCUAAACGAUAAUCCAGAUUAUGUGCAAUUCCAUGCUAUCAAGAUGAUUGAACAAGAUGUUCUAUAAAGUUAACGUCAACGCAGAAAUAAUUACAUAUAGAACUAAAUCAUCACACGAUCAUCAUCAGUGACAUAACAGAUUUAAUUAAAACGAUAAUAUUACACUCCUAAGUGUAGAAGUUGUUAUUAAUUACUAAAAUUAAAUGCAGUCUUAGAUAAGCACAUUCUGGAGAGUACCUUUCAUCUGUUAAUAGUCUUAAGAAAGGUCGAUUAAACAUGAAUCGAUACAUAACAUUGAGUCAAUUAGGCGAUGGUACAUUUGGAUCGGUUGUACUUGGUCAACGUAUUGACACUGGUGAAAAGGUUGCUAUUAAAAGGAUGAAAAGAAAAUAUUAUUCCUGGGAAGAAGCUAUGAAUCUUCGAGAAGUCAAGUCUUUGAAGAAGCUGAGUCAUGCUAACGUGGUAAAAUUGAAAGAAGUCAUCCGGGAAAAUGAUGUUCUCUAUUUCGUCUUUGAAUACAUGAAGGAAAAUCUAUAUCAACUAAUGAAAGAUAGAGAUAAAUUAUUUCCGGAGCCAGUUAUUAGAAAUAUGGUUUAUCAAGUGCUUCAGGGUCUAGCAUUCAUGCACAAGCAUGGUUUCUUUCAUCGAGAUAUGAAGCCAGAGAAUUUAUUAUGCAUGGGUCCAGAGUUAAUUAAGAUAGCUGACUUUGGUUUGGCACGUGAAAUCCGUUCUAGGCCACCAUACACUGACUACGUAUCGACAAGAUGGUACAGAGCUCCAGAAGUUUUACUUCAUUCAACCACAUACAGCAGUCCAAUAGAUAUUUGGGCGGUUGGUUGUAUAAUGGCUGAACUCUAUACAUUUAGACCUUUGUUUCCUGGUAAAAGUGAAAUUGAUGAAAUUUUUAAAAUUUGUGCUGUAAUGGGAACACCAGAUAAAGAUGACUGGCCAGAAGGCUAUGAGCUAGCUGAAGCAAUGAACUUUAGGUUUCCUCUGUUCAAGAAAACUCCUCUUAAAGAUAUUAUACCGAAUGCUAGUCAAGAUGCUAUUAUUCUUAUGGAAGAUAUGCUUGAAUGGAAUCCAAUUAAAAGACCUAAUGCUCAGCAAGCACUCAGAUAUCCUUAUUUCCAAGUUAAUAAUGCAACACGUGUUGCAAUGAGUGGACAAAAGCUUGGAAGUAGUUCUCAUCCUCAGCGAGAAUAUAUGAUGAAUAAAAUUCAUAUUCCUUCACAGAAUAUUUUCUUUCAACCUAGUAAUAAAGAUUUUAAUCGUAAUAUUAUUGGAUCUCAAGCCAUUGAUAAAGUUAUAAUCCCACAAGCUAAUCAACAGUCCACUCUGCCCCUCCUUAAUGGUAAUGACAUGAAAAAAGCAGAAAAAAAUGUGCCAACCUGGGGAGAUGAAGAUUUAAUCAAUUCUCUUGGAAAUAAAAUAUUGUCAGAGAAAAAUUCAAUAGGAUUAAAACCAAUAAUAAAUGCUGCUGAUAAGUUGAUUCAUAAAGAAAAUCGAAUAAACUGGAAUGAAGGGAAGGCAGAGAAUGAUGAUGGAGUGAAAGAUAGUAAGAAACAAUUAAACAGCAGUGCAUCAAGUUGGAGAAUACAAUCACCAAUGUGGAGUCGAAAUGAUAUACCUUCUCAAAAUCAAAACAAAUUACAAGCUAUAAACCUAAAAAAUAAUCGAAAUAUUUCAGCCAAACAGCAUUACCUCAGUAUCGCCCGGUACGUCGCAGGCCAAAAUACAAAUUUAUCAUUCAGAAAUCCAAAUCAAAUGGAUCAAGGUGGCUUACCGAGAUUGUUAUUAAAUGGUAUGGUGGCACAGCCUGUGUCUGCAAAACCAGUUGAUCCAAUAGUUGAUAAUUCUAGUUUCUGGGGAUCACCAAUGCCACCGGAUAAUGGAGAACUCAAAAUGAAACAACAUUAUCUUCCAUCAAGUAAUCGUUAUGUGUCGGAAAAAACAGAAAGAAAAAUACCGUAUCCAAAUGUCUAUAAUACCCAAGGAAUUAAAUCAACUCCAAAUCGAACAAUAUUUCAACCAAAUAUCUUUGGAAGUGUUUUUAAUUCAUCACGAGCAAAUGGUUCUUCGUAUCAUCGAGUUGAUAGAUCAAGCUGGGCAGCCAAAUAUCUAAAAUAGUGUUAUAAUAAUAAUUAUUAUUAAUGAUUUUUUUAUUUGAUAUUUUUUAUGUGUUAAAGAGAUUUAAUAUCAGUAGGAUUCGACUGUGAUAAACAUAAAAUUUAUUAUUAUCCUUAUUGUUAAGA